CGAAUACCCCCCCCCCCCCGGAAGAUGCCAAGACAGUCUGGGUGGUGACUUCCGGCUUGCUGAAGAAAGUUGAGCUGGGGAGGUUUGCUGGCUCCUGGGUUUUGCAAAAUGGAUAGCCAGGGAAGGAAAGUGGUGGUUUGUGACAAUGGAACCGGGUUUGUGAAGUGUGGCUAUGCAGGCUCCAACUUCCCCGAGCACAUCUUCCCUGCCUUGGUGGGCAGGCCAAUCAUUCGCUCCACAGCCAAAGUGGGCAACAUUGAGAUUAAGAAUAUUCAGAAGAUGGACCUGAUGGUGGGCGACGAGGCCAGCGAGCUGCGCUCCAUGCUAGAGGUCAACUACCCCAUGGAGAACGGCAUCGUCAGGAACUGGGAUGACAUGAAGCACCUGUGGGACUACACCUUCGGGCCUGAGAAGCUCAACAUCGACUCCAGGAACUGCAAGAUCCUGCUCACCGAGCCGCCCAUGAACCCCACCAAGAACCGAGAGAAAAUCAUCGAGGUGAUGUUUGAGACGUAUCAGUUCUCAGGGGUCUACAUUGCUAUCCAGGCUGUGCUGACGCUCUACGCCCAAGGCCUGCUGACAGGUGUUGUGGUGGACUCUGGGGACGGUGUGACACACAUCUGUCCGGUGUACGAGGGCUUCAGCUUGCCCCAUCUGACACGACGCCUGGAUAUCGCUGGGAGGGACAUAACCCGCUACCUCAUUAAGCUGUUGUUGCUGAGGGGCUAUGCGUUCAACCACUCUGCAGACUUUGAGACGGUGCGGAUGAUGAAGGAGAAGCUGUGCUAUGUGGGUUACAACAUCGAACAGGAGCAGAAACUGGCUCUGGAGACCACCGUGCUGGUCGAGUCCUACCAGCUCCCAGACGGCAGGGUGAUCAAGGUGGGAGGGGAGCGUUUCGAGGCUCCAGAGGCUUUGUUCCAGCCCCAUCUCAUCAACGUAGAAGGAGUCGGGGUGGCAGAGCUGCUCUUCAACACUAUCCAUGCAGCAGACAUCGACACCAGGUCUGAGUUCUAUAAACACAUAGUGUUGUCAGGUGGGUCCACCAUGUAUCCAGGUCUUCCAUCUCGACUAGAGAGGGAGCUCAAACAGCUCUACCUGGAACGUGUGCUGAAAGGAGACGUGGACAAACUCUCGAAAUUUAAGAUCCGCAUCGAGGACCCGCCGCGGCGUAAGCACAUGGUGUUCCUGGGCGGGGCCGUGCUGGCGGACAUCAUGAAGGACAAAGAUAACUUCUGGCUGACCAGGGAGGAGUACCAGGAGAAAGGAGUCAGGGUGCUGGAGAAACUGGGAGUCACUGUCAGAUAAAGACCUCCACAAUGUUAAAGACCACACACACACACACACACACACACACACACACACACACACACACACACACACACACACACACACACACACACACACACACACACACACACACACACACA